AAUGCACAUGGAUGUUUGUACAUAUGUUUGACGGGAUACGUUUUAUCCCAAUGAUUUGCCAGUAUCUAUGAUAUAUACAUGUUCCGUUUUUGUUUUUUUUUUUUUUUUUUUUUUUUUAACAUCACAUAUUAACUGUGUGAUUUUAAGUGUCUUGUUGAUUAGCGAUAAGAACAAAACGCGUGCGCCGCCCGGGAAUCGAACCCGGGUCGCAAGAAUGGGAAUCUUGCAUGAUACCACUACACCAGCGGCGCAGUGAGUAAAAGCGCUACCCUAUAGCAUUUAAAGUCCCGGUAGAUGACGAUAAGAUACAGGCACCUUGCUGUGGAAAGCUGUACGUGUGCAGAUUGUGCCAUGAUGCGGAGGAAAACCACCAAAUGGACAGAUUUAAAGUGAAAGAAGUGCAAUGCUCACAUUGUCUCACGAUACAGAAGGCCCAGCAAACGUGUGAAAAGUGUAGUGUACAGUUUGGAGAAUAUUACUGUGAUAUUUGCCAUUUAUUUGACAAAGAUAAGAAGCAGUAUCAUUGUCAGCCAUGUGGGAUUUGCAGGAUUGGCCCCAGGGAUGAAUACUUCCACUGCGAUAAGUGCAAUUUGUGUUUAGCCCGAGCGCUAGAAGGAAAGCAUAAGUGUGUUGAAAAUGUCUCGAGACAGAACUGUCCAGUGUGUAUGGAGGAUAUUCACACAUCAAGGAUUGGGGCUCAUGUUCUUCCAUGUGGUCACCUUCUGCACAAGACCUGCUUUGACGAUAUGCUCAGAAACUGUGCAUAUCGCUGUCCAUUAUGUAUGCACUCAGCCUUGGAAAUGCAGAAUCACUGGGAGGAGAUGGACCAAGAGAUCGCCCAGUCACCAAUGCCCAUUGAGUACAGGAAUACAACUGUUAGGAUAAUGUGUAAUGACUGUCAGGCCCAUUCCAUGGCUUCUUUCCAUGUUCUGGGGAUGAAAUGUGGCAACUGUGGCUCGUACAACACGGCACAAGAUGGAGGUCUAAUUCAAAAUAACAAUAUGGAUCAACCCGAGGAACAUCACGAGAACAGUGACACAGAGCCAGAGACUGACACCGAAUCAGAGCAGCCCAACCAGGAAGAAGAAGAACAAGAAGAGGAGGAGGAGGAGCAGCCAACUGUCCAAUAGGAAUUACUCUAUAAAUCAUAAAUGGCUUUCUGCAAACAUUGUCCAGUCAAACCCCUUUUAGCAGAUGAAGCAACACAUUUCAACAAUAUUAUAAGCCAUGUAUUGUACACACACUGAAGGUACAGUUACAGCAGCACUAUAGGCACUGUUCAUGCUUACAUCACAAACCAGGAAGACGUUGCAUGCAUUGACAACUUCUGGUGUAGUUCCUGACACUGGGCUCACCGACCGACUGUGAUCAAACCAACUAAAGUAAAUGUGAUCAGCGGUAAAAUGAAAACUGCAUACGUAUGUGCUGUUUGUAAUCAUCUUGAAUUUGGCCCCUCAUCUCUUCUAAUCACAUGUACCCAGUGCGCUCGGAGUUGUGCGUCAAUGAGGAAAUGAUGAAAACUGAGGUAUGGUUGUAAUUGUUAAUUAGCUGAACAUAACGGAACACUGCAGUGACAUGUAGAUGAAGAAAAUUGGGCUAAUCCACAUUUUUCUCUCUACAUAACUCUGUAGUCUGUUCCUAGCCAUUUUUUUAAGUAACUUUCAUUCAAAGUAGGUACAUUUGCAACUUUCUGGUCAAAAACUCCUAAAUCUUAAGUUUGUGCUGCCUUCAGUGGCCUCUAUGAUUUCAAGUACUUGGUGAAAUCACACAAGACUGCCCUGUUUACAGCCAAGUGUUUCUAAAGACACUACCACCUGACUGCAGGAGUGGAGUUUGAAGUGAGGAUACCUGUUCGACCAAUCACACUGUUCCUUAUACCUCUAGACUCCACCCCUCAUUUCCCCUCACUCUUUUCUUUAGUCCUCCAGGUACUGCCCAGUUUAACCGCUCUGUUUGAAAUGUGGUUGUGGGAGGAGUUUAGGUGUUUAGUCUCAUUUAAAUUACAAAGUGACUCAACCCCAAUAAAAAAAAUAAAUACUAGUAUACACUAGUAUAGUAGGCCAAAGAUAGAAAAAUAUAUACUUAUUAAUCGAAAUUAUUCACUUCAAAGUAAUAAAGUUGGGUAUAACAUUUGUCAUAGCUCUACUAGUAUACCGCUGGAAAUCAGGAUAAGUGGCUCUGUACUGUACCUCUAUCUUUGUGCCACUAGAUGGAGCAAUGCACACAAAAGUGCUGUGUACACUUAAGCAUCAUUGUUUCUGAAUUUGCUUACUAAUAAUUUAAUAUUUGGGUCUCAAUGACAACUGUAUCCCCUGAAAAUGUACUCUGCACCAUUGAAUGCAGUUUUAUAUAGUUUUCUAAUGCUUCUAUUGUACAUAAUUGUAAGUCCAAAGUUCAGAAAAGUAAUAGAAAGUUUAUUGGGAAGGAUGCUGUAUUUAAGACGUCUCUACAAGACUGACUAAUGUAUGACCCUUUAUGACUGCUUUAUGAUUGCUAAUGCUAAAAUGAAUGGGGAAUUUCCAAGUGUCUUAAUAAAAAGCUGUCAACACACUUUUAAA